ACAGUGGACCACACGUGGAUACGGUAGAGCCGUAUAAAAACGUUAAUUAUGCCAAAAUUACGGCAUAAGGAACUAAACCAAGGACAUUGAACUGUUCCGGAGAAUCUACUGCAUCGAUAUCGUGUACGGAUCCUGUGGCUAUUAUAUAUCCAGUUUACUCUGAUACCUCAUCUGUGUAUUCGCGUCAUGGUUGCUAUGAAAAUGUCAGCUCAGUGGUGAUUCAUUCUCCCAUUAGUUGGCUUUUCAUCUGUUUUUCAGCCGCACAUUCUGCUCGACGAGCAGGAUGAUGGAAGAACUACUGAAUCAAACUGCCUCGCCGUCUGGUGAAAGCAAUUGUUUGGGAAGCGAAGAUAUAAAUUCAGCGACUAUAGUUGCCUUAGAUGAAAGAUUAUCGGAUAUUAAUGCGAGGCAUUCUAUAAAUGUUCUUAGGGCACAGCCGACUAAGAAAGCGAAGAGAGUGAGAUUUUUUAGAAAUGGAGAUAAAUUUUAUACCGGUAUUGUAAUGGCAGUGACUCCGGAAAGAUAUCGCAGUUUUGAUAGUUUAGCUUCAGAUUUAACAAGAGCUUUAAUAUCGAGUGUCACUUUACCUAAUGGUGUUAGAGCAAUUUAUACUAUGGAUGGACGUAAAGUUCGGAGCGUUAAUGAUUUGGAAGAUGGCCAAUGUUAUGUAGUUUCUGGACAAGGAGAAAUUUUUAAAAAGGUAGAAUAUUCGUCUACCAAAGUGAGAAGAGGUAAUUCUUUAUCUGGAUUACCACAGUCCACUGCAGGGACUGGUAGACAAAUAAGUGCAAUACCGCUAUGCGUUAAAGCAAGAAUAAUUACAAUAAUUCGACAUGGCACAAAACCACGUAAAGUUGUGCGACUUUUAUUAAAUAAGAGAAAUGCUCCGAGCUUGGAACACGCCAUGGAGGCGAUUACAGAUGCAGUUAAAUUAGAUUCUGGAGCAGUGAGAAAAGUUUAUACGUUAUCGGGUCAACAGAUUAACUCGCUGGAGCAAUUUUUUGAUAACGAUGAUAUCUUUGUGGCUUAUGGCCCUGAAAAAGCGAAUCAAGAAGAUUUUGAAUUAGAUUUUGAAGAAUCUAAAAACGUUCAAAGUUUUAGAAGAUGUCCAUGGACGUCGAAAAGACAAAGCGGUCCGAUGCCUAGAAUGCCACGUAAAUCUGGAAAAAAGGUGCUUACAACGCCGCAAGUGCGUACGCCGAGUCCUUCCUCGUUGAUUUUACCACAACCGUUAAGUUUACAUUAUACGGUUGGUCAUGUUAUCGGAGACGGUAAUUUCGCAGUUGUUAGGCAUUGUACUCAUAAAUCUACAGGUGCAGAAUAUGCUAUGAAGAUUGUAGAUAAGUAUAAAUGUCAGGGUAAAGCAACAAUGUUGGUAAUCGAAGUGUCAAUUUUACGACAAGUUUGUCAUCCAAAUAUUAUCAGUUUCAUCGCGGAACAAGAAACGGCGGAUCAACUGUUCUUAGUCAUGGAACUUGUAAAGGGCGGAGAUUUAUUCGAUGCUCUCGCUGCAGCAACAAAAUUCUCUGAAGCAGAAGCUAGUGUAAUGAUUGGGCAUUUAACAUCUGCUUUAGCUUAUUUACAUUCGCAUCAUAUAGUACAUCGUGACGUAAAACCUGAGAAUCUUUUGGUGGAAAUGGAUGGAAGCCAUGUUAGAUGUUUGAAAUUAGGUGAUUUUGGAUUAGCUCAAGUAGUAAGGGGGCCAUUGUAUACAGUAUGUGGUACACCCACAUAUGUGGCGCCAGAAAUUUUGGCGGAAACUGGAUACGGAUUAAAAAUUGACAUAUGGGCAGCUGGUGUAAUAUUGUAUAUCCUACUUUGCGGUUUCCCACCAUUUGUGUCACCUGAAAACGAACAAGAAGAACUAUUUGAACGCAUUUUAAGCGGUUAUUAUGAAUUCACGUCUCCGUAUUGGGAUAAUAUAUCAGAUUCUGCCAAACAAUUGAUUUCAAAUAUGCUUCAAGCACAACCCGAAUUGAGAUUCACUGCCGAAGAUGUACUGGAUCAUCCGUGGCUAGCGAGCUUUCUAGGAGGCGAGCAGACCACAGCAUCAACCCCUACCAACCCGUCGGAGCAACACUGGAAUCAGCAGUGUAAGCCGAUAAGGGUGUCGACUUUUGAGUUUGACUACAAGAAUCUAGCAACGGACAACGGUUCGCAAGAUGAAAUCGACGGUACACCUAAAAGAAGGAUUGGCAGAUCAAGUAUGAGAAGCAAGUGGAACAAUAUUUUGUCGACGUUAGAACCAGGAAGUAUUAAUUCGGAUGGUAUUAUCGAUCAGGAUCGACAAAAUUUUGAUCACGGCGAAACAAAUUUUAAUAAUGGAAAUCCAAGUGACGACGAACCCGUGUCUCUUAGUGCAGACGGUUUACAAGACGUUCAUGAUCUUAGUCAGACUAUGAAUAAUCUUAUAAACAAUUUAAAUGAGAAACAAAUUCAAGAAUAUCAUUUAAAAUCAUCGAAUAGUGAAACUUCAUCCUUAAACAGUAUUCCUGAAAAUGCAAUGUUAAUAAGUAGUUAUCAUAAUGCGACAACGGUUCAAACUAAUGUGAGUUGUGACGAAAAUACAAUUCAAGAAAAUAUAUAUUCCCUCGAUGAGAGAAAUUCUCCUAGCGAAAUUAAUUCUACUGUACAGUUUGCGCAGGAAUUAUCAACCAAUAGUAAUGUGCAUACAUUUGAAACACCCAAGGCUGUUAAUUCAAAUGUUAAUAAAAAGAAGUAUAGGCAGAAAUAUCUUUAUGAAAAUUUAAUACGUCCUGAUAAGAUUAAUUUCAAUCUUGAGUGUGACGAUAUGAAAAAUUGUAACGUGCUUCUAUCCUCGACUGGUAGUUCGACCGGUAGUUCUGCCAACGAUAUCGAAACGUCGGACAGCUUCGUUAACAUUCAGUUUGCACAAUUAACGCCAGACCAAAGGUCCAGCUCCACUCAAAGCAUGGAGUCGACCGACAGUUUCGAGAACAUUUGUUUUUCUUAUAAUCAAGAACCAAAGAAUGAUAACACAAGCGAUCCGAAUGACAAUGGUUUCGUGAACGAACUGCAAGUUUCGUCUUUAUCGAACCAGAUGAAGUCGGCAACCAAAAUAUUGGACACACCGAGAACGUUAAAAAUGAAUAUUUCGGAAGUUUCGAAAUCGCAGAAUCUUAUGAAUAACAAGAAGAGUUCGAUGAAAACUCCGGAUUCGUCGAAAUCCGCGAAGAACGAGGUGAAACUUAGACGAGUGAAAUGUACACCGAAAAAUGUCACAGAUUCGAGGAUACCGACAAGAAAUAAAAGAUUUAGUUGUCUUUUGCCAUCCUCCGCGAAAAAGGAGUCUGGAUCUAUUUUAGUUAGCGAUAAAUUACUUCCGGUUGCUACCAGGAUAAGUCGGAAGUUUAGUUCUAUCGAUGAAUUGCGGGACGAAAAGCAAACGUCGAUCGAAAAAUCGAAAAGGUUCAGCUUGUAUUAUACUCCACAGCCUCUGCGGAAGAAUUACGAAAGUGACGCGAAAGCUGGAAAAAGUGCGUGUAAGAAUAUCUUAGGAAAUCGUGGUGAUCGGCAGAAUAAUGGGAAAUCUUCGGAGACGAAUAAAAAGAAAGAGGACGGUUCGGAACCGGAUGAGAAGAAUAUUGUAAAAAGUCGAAAGUCAGUUAUAGAUAAUACGACACCUGUAAGAACUAAAUCGGCCAAGCAGAGCGGCCACGUCAGGUCCGCCGCGAAUCCUACUGUAACAAUCGGUAGAACUAAAUGAUCGUAAAUUAGUAUGUUAUAUUUGUAUGUCGAGAGUUAACUGUCAACGCGGGACUAAAUCGUCGAAAGAGUCCAAAGUUCAAUGAAUUAUUUCGAUGUAUGUUCAAAGUCGAUCUAACGAAGGAAGCGGCGCCAUUUGUUCUUAGAUUUUGAACGCGUUGUUGAUGCGAGAGUCAAUAAUUCGAAUUAGAACAUGCGAGCUUCGCGCAUAAACGAGACAUGCCAAAUGCAUUUAGGUAGUUUAUUCCAUAUUUGAUAUCCAUUAUUGUACGUAGUACUGGUAUCGAGACUAAACUAUAGGUAGUAGAAGAAAUAUUGCUUCGUUUUUCGAUGAGACGUGAGCAAACGGUGAAACAUAAAUUGUAGCCAAUGAAAUUGUAUUUAACGAUGCACAAACCCUUUGUGGCAAGUGACAGAGGGCGACAGCGCGAAUAAUUAUGCGUAACAUUUGCGUAGCUUGUUGAAUAUACUUGCUCAAAACUAAUUCGACUAGCGUUAGAGUACAUAUUUUUAUAAAAUAUUGCGUGUGUGGUGUUAUAUGAGAGCAAUAUAAGAAGAAUCGUGAUAAUUAGAUGGCAGAAUACCGUAUAGAAAACCGAAUGUUGAAUAUGAGAACACAGACAGAGAAUCAUUUUUCUCUCGCAUAAGAAUAUUUUUGUAGAAAUUAUGUGCCGCACAGAAUACAUCGUAUACUCGCCUUUCUCCCUUUGUCGCUUGAGUAUACUUUUUAAGGUUGACCCUGCUACAAUUUCCAUAUUUUUUAAUGCAAUCAUUACUACUUAUUAUUAAACGAUGUACAUACGAUUAAGAUAACGAAUAAGAGAUUCAUCAAAUCUGAUUUAAGUAUUAUCGCAUCUAUUCAUUUUUUCAUAAUUUGUAAUUCUUAUAUCGCGCGCAAACAAUGUAACUUAUGAACAAAAAAUUACAUACUAUAGAAUCCAUUCGUAUUUAGGGAAGACAAUUGUACUUUUUUAUCAUAAGCACAAUUCGAUCGCAAAGUGCGUAUACGACGUAAGCGUAGUUUAUAGAAAUUUAAAAGUGAUUUACGCCAAAUAUAGAAACCUAUUUCCUAUUUAUACUAUUACGUGUAUAUGUAUUUACUACACUGGAAAAAAAACUCGCAGAUCAUCUUUGUUGCUAUCUCGUUUAAUAUAUCUGCACUUAUUUUAUUUCUCUUGUACUUUCGAUGUAAUCGCGUUAUGGUCUAUGGAAAUCAUCUGUACUCGAUUGAUUUCUUUUGAAAAUAAUUCAUUAAAAGACGAGUAUGAUAAAA